AUGGCAUUGGGCUGCAACCAAUGGAAACCUCCGUCAAAGGGGAGGUAUAAGGUAAAUGUGGAUGGGGCGGUAUUCGCGAAGAUAGGGUGCUGUGGUGUUGGGGUGGUCAUUAGAAAUGAGGAAGGACUGUUAAUGGGGGCAAUGAGUAAAAAAGUUCAUUUCCCCCUUGGGGCCAUGGAGGUUGAAGCGAUGGCGAUGGAGGAGGGAAUUCAGCUGGCUAGGGACUUAGGACUGAAGGAUAUUGAUAUGGAAAGUGAUGCUCAAGUGGUAGUGUUGGCUGUUGGAGGAACUGACCCAGGCCCGUGCUCAAUACAGAAAAUUGUGGAAGGGGCGAAACAGGGGCUGUCUGCUUUCAGCUCGUGGAGUUGUUCUCAUGUGCACAGACAGAGCAAUAUGGCUGCUCAUCUUAUGGCUAAGGAAGCUAGUAAUGUACAAGAAUGUCUAAUUUGGGUGGAAGAUACCCCCAGUGUUAUUGUAUCUCAAAUUCAUAUGGAUGUUACUGCAUUGGACAGUUGUCCUAAGUAA